AUGACACCAGUGUCUUCACGCAGUGUUACGUUUGAUAGACGAGCCUCCUUCGCACGCGCGGUGCGGUCUAUAGCCCAGGGGACGCGCAUCGAGUCGGCUCUGACCCUACGCUGGCAGGCGUCGGCGCUUGACUGCCUUCAGGAGGCCGCCGAGGCCUUACUUGUAGACCUCUUCUCGUACGCGGCGUUGGCGGCUGCCCACGCGAAACGCGUCACCAUGAAGCCUGUGGAUCUGCAUCUUGUCUGCAGGUUCAUCCAUUUCCUUCAGUAA